AAGUCUCGCGCGAAGUCGGCCGGAGGUUCCGGGAGGCGCGCUCCUCAGCGGUCGCGUCUGCAGUCCGUUGGCGUGCUGUGGGUUUUCUGUUGAGGGCCUGGAACCAUGCUCCUCACCGCGGUCCUCCGCCGCGGGCGCAUCCCAGGCCGGCAGUGGAUCGGGAAGCACCGGCGGCCGCGGUACGUUUCCGAGCAGGCGAAGCAGAACAUGAUCCGCCGCCUGGAGAUAGAGGCGGAGAACCAGUACUGGCUGAGCAUGCCGUACAUGAGCGCCGAGCAGGAGUACGGCCACGCCGCCGAGCGCAGGGCGCGGGCCUUCGAGGCCAUCAAGGCGGCCCGCGCGGCCAAGUUCCCCCCGCACAGGUUCGCCGCGGACCAGCUGGACCAUCUCAACGUCACCAGGAAGUGGUCCUGACCCCGAACCUUGCCCUUCGACCGGAGAGACACCUGGCCCAGGAGCUGAAAAUCUCAAGUUUGUGGAAGUUUAUGAAUCAUUAGACCAGUAACUCCCUAAAACAAGCAAACCUGAAUAUGGGGGCCUGUGUCGAGAAUAUCUGGGGUAGUGAAGUGGAUGAGCAAUGAUCUUUUGGAUUUCUUAUUUCUGCAGCUUCAUAAAAUGAUAUCGGGAGUUUCCUGGAGUCAAAGGACACGAAAGGUAUCUUGAAGGUUGCAAUAAACCUGAUUCCGGGACUUUGGUUUAAGCAUGAGUCCUUGAUGGAAGCUUUGUCGUGCAGUAGUACUUUACAGAACUAGUUGUCUAAAUUUACAUAGAAAUACAAGUUUUUCCAGCUCAACAUACUAUUAAAAUAGCAUUCCCUUCUGAGGUCUGACUCCUGCAGUGGACAUUUAAGUGAAAUAAAGUUAUGUAUUGGAAUUGUUAACAGAAAAGUGUGCUUCCGCGUGCGUGUGAUUUAGCAUAUGAUAAUAUUACCAGUUGAGUCUGGGUUAUUUGGGUUUUUUUUUUCCUAGUAGUUGCUCAUACCUCAAGUCCCGGCAUUGAAGGCUGAGGCAAGAAUAUGGUGAGUUGA